UUCUCUCUCUCUCUUUCUCUCUGUCCAUCUCUCGUCCUUUACCUUUUAUCCCUCGCCUUUCGCCGUCUCCCCCACCACAAUAAUGGAUCUCACGGCGAGAUGUUUGCUUCUACUAUCCUGUCUCGGCGUGAUAUUGGCGAUCGAUAUGGAGUCGAUUGAUCCGGGCUACUAUGUGGACCCCAUUGCCACAUCAGACGCGAUCGACUAUAAGGAUCCCUGUAAAGCUGUUGCCUUUCUGGGAGACAUAGCUCUGGAUGAAGAGGACCUUCGAAUGUUCAAAGUGGACAGAAUCAUAGAUUUGGCUCAGAGAACUGUCCACAUGGUUAAUCACACAGACCCAGGAUCAACCAUUCAGAGUAUCCCUAACAGGCCGGGCUCACGACGUAGGAAAAGAGCGGCCACCUCCAGACCUGAGCGUGUUUGGCCUGAAGGUGUUAUUCCCUAUGUCAUCAGUGGGAACUUUAGUGGAAGCCAGCGGGCGAUAUUCCGGCAGGCCAUGCGGCACUGGGAGAAGCACACCUGCGUGACCUUUAUAGAGAGGACGCAGGAGGAGAGCUAUAUUGUCUUCACAUACCGACCAUGUGGGUGCUGCUCCUAUGUUGGUCGUCGAGGAGGGGGCCCCCAGGCUAUAUCCAUCGGAAAAAACUGUGACAAGUUUGGUAUUGUGGUGCACGAGUUGGGUCAUGUGAUCGGAUUCUGGCACGAGCACACGAGGCCUGACCGAGACGAACACGUCAGCAUUAUCAGGGACAACAUUCAGCCAGGGCAAGAGUAUAACUUUCUGAAGAUGGAGCCGGGGGAGGUGGACUCUUUGGGAGAAGUCUAUGAUUUUGACAGUAUCAUGCACUAUGCCAGGAAUACAUUCUCCAGAGGCAUUUUCCUGGACACCAUCCUGCCACGCUAUGAUGUGAAUGGAGUACGACCACCAAUUGGCCAGAGAACCAGGCUGAGCAAAGGGGAUAUCACACAGGCACGCAAACUCUACAAAUGCUCCAGAUGUGGGGACAGUCUGCAGGACAGCAGCGGGAACUUCUCCUCGCCUGGAUUUCCAAAUGGUUACUCAGCGUACAUGCACUGCAUCUGGAGGAUAUCAGUCACACCGGGCGAGAAGAUCAUUCUGAACUUUACCUCCAUGGAUCUGUACCGGAGUCACCUAUGUUGGUACGACCAUGUAGAAAUCAGAGACGGAUACUGGAGGAAGGCUCCUCUAAAAGGUCGUUUCUGUGGUGAUAAGCUGCCUGAACCAAUCAUCUCCACCGACAGUCGGCUGUGGAUUGAAUUCCGCAGCAGUAGCAACUGGGUGGGAAAAGGAUUCUCCGCCGUCUAUGAGGCUAUCUGUGGUGGGGAGGUGAAGAAAGACAAUGGCCAGAUCCAAUCCCCCAACUACCCUGAUGACUACAGGCCCAACAAAGUGUGCGUGUGGAAAGUAACUGUAGCUCAGGGCUACCAUGUAGGACUUACCUUCCAGUCUUUUGAAAUUGAGAGACAUGACAGUUGUGCCUAUGACUACCUGGAGGUGCGCGAUGGAAACUCUGAAAACAGUCCCCUGCUGGGCCGAUUCUGUGGCUACGACAAGCCAGAUGACAUCAAAACCAGCUCCAACCAGCUGUGGAUGAAAUUCGUGUCAGAUGGCUCGGUGAACAAGGCUGGCUUUGCUGCAAACUUCUUUAAAGAGAUGGAUGAGUGCUCCAAGCCGGACAACGGUCGCUGUGAGCAACGUUGUGUCAACACACUGGGCAGCUACAAGUGUGCCUGUGACCCGGGCUAUGAGCUGGCUGCUGACAAGCGCAGCUGCGAGGCUGCCUGUGGAGGUUUCAUCACCAAGCUGAACGGGUCCAUUACCAGCCCCGGUUGGCCCAGAGAGUACCCCCCAAACAAGAACUGCAUCUGGCAGCUUGUCGCCCCAACACAGUAUCGCAUAACUCUGCUCUUUGAUGUCUUCGAGACUGAGGGCAAUGAUGUUUGUAAGUACGACUAUGUGGAGGUUCGCAGCGGGCUAUCAGCCGAUUCAAGAUUACAUGGGAAGUUCUGUGGGGCGGAGAAACCCGAAGCUAUCACCUCCCAGUACAACAACAUGCGCAUUGAGUUUAAAUCAGACAAUACCGUGUCCAAGAAAGGCUUUAAAGCACAAUUCUUCUCAGACAAAGAUGAGUGCUCCAAGGAGAACGGAGGCUGUCAACACGAGUGUGUCAACACCUUUGGAAGCUACAGCUGUCAGUGCAGGAGCGGCUUUGUGCUGCAUGAGAACAAACACGACUGCAAAGAAGCCGGCUGUGAUCAUACUGUGAAUAGCGUGAGUGGAACCAUUACCAGCCCAAACUGGCCGGAUAGAUAUCCCAGCAAGAAGGCCUGCACCUGGGCCCUCACCACCACUCCAGGCCACCGCAUUAAAAUCGCCUUUAACGAGAUCGACAUGGAGGCCCACCUGGAGUGUGCGUAUGACCACAUAGAGAUUUAUGACGGGCGAGAUGGAAAAUCUCCAAGUCUGGGUCGCUUCUGUGGAACCAAGAAGCCCCCACCCAUCACGUCGACUGCAAACAAGCUGUUCGUUCGCUUCUUCUCUGAUAACUCUGUGCAAAAGAAAGGCUUCGAGGCUUCCCAUUCUGCAGAGUGCGGUGGUCACCUGAAGGCUGAAGUCAAAACCAAGGACCUGUUCUCCCACGCCCAGUUUGGGGACAAUAACUACCCCGGAGCCUCUGACUGUCAGUGGGUGAUAUCUGCUGAGAAGGGCUAUGGGGUGGAGCUCAUCUUCCAGACCUUUGAGAUUGAGGAGGAGGCGGAUUGUGGCUAUGACUACAUGGAGCUCUUCGAUGGCGCCGACACCAAGUCCCCUCGGCUGGGACGCUAUUGUGGCUCGGGGCCUCCAGAGGAGAUCUACUCGGCUGGUGACUCCAUUGUGAUCAAGUUCCGCUCUGACGAUACAAUCAACAAGAAAGGAUUUCACGUCCGCUACACCAGCACCAAGUUCCAGGACACACUGCACUCACGCAAGUGACCAGCGGGGGCCGGAAGGGGCCGCGCGGGGCAAAGGGGCAAACGUAGGGGCCCCCAGGGGAGGCGCCAGCCCGACGCUCGGAAACCUUCGGCCACCAAGAUGAAUCAGACACGACAGAACAGCCGCAAGACCACCAACCGCACCUCAGCUCCUAGGGGAUCUAGCUCCCCCCGCAGACUGUGAGGAGUAAAGCCAUUCUGCAGUACACCUUGAUUUUACCUUUCUAUGGUUAGGGUUGGGGUGGGAGGAGGAACGUCCGCUUUAGGCGAGAGAGUUAAUUGACCAAGUCCCCUCCAGAUCUUUUUUUGUUUGUUUCUUUAUUUUUUAACAUGCCUCCUAAUAAGAGGCACAAAGGAAAACAGUGGAUUCUCAGGACCUGUAGGAAGGCAGGCAUCAGCUGGACAGAUCCCUGCUUUUGUCGGGCCAGCCCACCACAUCCGGGGGGUUGGGGGGGAGAGGAAGAGGAGUAUGGGAAGGUCUCCUGCUCUCCUCUCCUCUCCUCUCACUUUUACUCCUUUGGUUCAAGGAUUCCUAUCUGUAAGAGGAUAAGAAGGACUUGACUUGAGAUUCUGAUACUGUAUGUCAGUCAAUUGCAUGUAAUUACAAGGAGAGAAGGAAAACUGUACAGUGACAACACCAGCAUUUGUAAUUGGCAUUGUCCUGGCAACCAGUGGCAAGAUUCUCGUUGUUACCAUUAACAAGGAAAUUAAGGAAGCAGUUAUCUUAUUAAAGGACUAAUAAAUGAAUUGUGGUCCAUGUCUUCUGGUUGGUAAUUGCUCGCCUGACGACUGGCUUUUACUGUACCUCCAUGUAAAAAGAAAUGUGUAUGAUCUUUCAAAGGGAACAUGUGCUUUUCAUAGCUCAAACCAGUUAGCACUUUAUAGUGAAUUGUUCCAAAAUCAUGAGCUUAUGAGUUUUUGUGAAAUGCAAUGCCAGUUCACUUAUUUUUAAAUGCAUUUUAUCUCUCUUAUUCUUCAUUGUUUUUUAUUUCUCCAUUUAGUCCCUCAGGCAUACUUGAACAUUGUGUGUGCCCUGCAACAUGGGGUAAUAAAGAUAUGACUUAUGUUUCAGUGUUGAGUUACAGUUCUGAUGUAAAAUAAUUUCUCUCCAGAGAAACUGCCUUUUCAUGGUACAAUGAAGUAUUUCUCAAGAACCAAA